AUGGAUUCAUUCAAACAGGUGCGAGGUGAUUUCUUGAGGACUGAGGAGUAUUGUUGUCGAGCAAUCCUGGUAAACCCUAGCGGUGGAAAUGCUUUAUCUUUAAAAUGCCAUCGUUUUCAGGUGCACAGAAGACGACAUGGAGAAAUUCGGGAUUCAUCUAUUGGCGCUUUCUCAUGUCUACCUGUUAAUGUUCUUCAACUUGCGAGACUUUGUGACGCACCUGAUCUUCACCUCAAAUGUGUAAACCCCGUGUCUAACGGCUUCAAAGCUGUUGAGAAAACUGAAGGUUGGAAGUUUCUUCAAACCAAUGAUCCUUUCCUCGAGCUCGAAAUCCUCCAGGUCAUCGAUGAAUCUGAAUCGGUGAUUCAAUGGAUGAUAUUGGUGAGAUUCCAAUUGUAUUGGAAUGGAAUCACAAAUUUCAAUUAUGUUGGAAUGGAAUCAUGA